UCCAGGAAAGCUCAAAGGUGAAUGAGCUCCACACAAAGGUGAACAACACUUCGAUAUUAAUAUUCCCCACAUGCCCCAACCCUUUCAAAGUACUAUCCCAUCACCUGCCAUGGACUUCCCACCACCCCUAAACCCUAAUCACAUCUUCAUCAACUCCUCCUUUGCUCCCUCCUCCUCGGAGUUUGAACCCUCCGACUACCUCCUCCUCGACGAUGCAUCCGAUGAGGCGGCGGCGCCGGUGGCAGUGACGGGCGGCUCUUCCAUUGGUGCAACUCCAAUGAUGAACACUACUACUAACAUGGAAUGUAAAGAUGGGGCGAAGAGAAAGAAGACGGAUUUGGGGUUUAGGGUUGCCUUCAAGACGAAAUCGGAUUUGGAGAUCAUGGAUGAUGGGUUUAAGUGGAGGAAGUAUGGGAAGAAAUCAGUGAAGAACAGCCCCAAUCCAAGGAACUACUACAAAUGUGCAAGUGGAGGAUGCAAUGUGAAGAAGAGGGUCGAAAGGGAUAGGGAAGACUCAAGCUAUGUGAUAACCACAUACGAGGGAGUCCACAACCAUGAAAGCCCUUGUGUGGUGUACUACGACCAGGUUCCUUUGAUGGUUUCUUCUAAUGCUUGGACUUUGCAAGCUUCUUCUCAAUCUUCUUCUUCAUGAAUUUCCCUAGUCCUUUUUUUUUCCCUUUCUCUUUUUCCUUUUUGCUAUGCAGGUAAAUCAAAGUAUUACUAAUGUUGUACCAUGUAUAUUAAUUCUUAUAUUGAGUUAUGUGGGGAUGGUGACUAGUGUAUGAUGUAAUAAUUUAUAAUCUUGAGUAAAAUUAAGUGGGGAUCCCUCUUAUUGUACUAA